UGCCAUGAUUGAGAUAACUGGCCUUGCUGACAUAAAGUCAUCAUUGAACUUACACACACACACCACUCCCAUUCCCUUUCUCUCCUUUCUAUAUAAUCUCCUUCCACAUCCUCCUCUACACUGCAAAUCAACCCUCCCCCUUCCAAAUCUCUGUAUCUUUCUCACCAAAACCUUCUCCAACUCAGUCUUUUAGUAAACACCAAGUACUUCAAAAACAAAAGGAUCCUUUCUUACAAAGACCAGAUAUGAUGCUUGAAAAGGAAGAUUUGGGUUUGAGUCUAAGCCUCAACUUCCCUCAGAAUACCCCAAAUCCCGUGCAUCUGAAUCUCAUGUCCUCUUCUCCUUCUCUUUGUAAUCCUCAUAAAACCUCUUGGAACGACGCUUUCACUUCCUCGGAUCGAAACUCCGAAACAUGCAGAGGAGAAGCUAGAUCUUUUCUCCGCGGAAUCGACGUGAAUAGGUUGCCAUCUCCGGUUGACUGCGAAGAGGAAGCAGGCGUUUCGUCACCCAACAGCACCGUUUCGAGCGUGAGUGGAAAACGAAGCGAGAGAGAGAUCAACGGCGCAGAUCAUGACGCGGACAGAGCCUGUUCCCAAGGUAUCAGUGAUGAAGAAGACGGUGAAACCUCAAGGAAAAAGCUUAGGCUUUCUAAAGAUCAAUCAGCUAUUCUCGAAGAGAGCUUCAAAGAACACAAUACCCUUAACCCCAAACAAAAGUUGGCACUGGCAAAACAACUAGGCCUUCGACCAAGACAAGUAGAGGUCUGGUUCCAGAACAGAAGGGCUAGGACGAAGCUGAAGCAAACUGAAGUGGACUGUGAGGUGUUGAAAAGGUGCUGUGAGAAUCUGACGGAGGAAAACAGGAGGUUGCAAAAGGAAGUUCAGGAGCUUAGAGCACUGAAACUUUCCCCUCAAUUUUACAUGCAAAUGACGCCACCCACAACCCUCACUAUGUGCCCAUCUUGUGAGCGUGUGGCUGUUCCUUCCUCUGCUGCUGUUGAUACUGCCACCCGUCAUCAUUCCAUGGCCCAAGCCCAUCCUCGGCCUAUGUCCAUUAGCCCAUGGGCUUCUACAGCUCCCAUCCCGCACCGGCCGUUUGAUGCCUUCCGUCACUGAUGUUGACGUUUGAGGGUGUUUUAGUACUUAGGGGUAUCCCAAGAGAGAGAGAGAGAGAGAGAGAGAGAGAGAGAAAAAAACGGUUGUAAAUUGUAAUAGCGUGGAUUGGAAUUGUGUGUUCCAAAGUGCGGUUUAGGAUAUGGUGAUCAGAAAACGUGAUUUGGUGGGUCUACAAACUACAAUGUUUUGUUCCAACAACAUCAUCUUUUGUUUUGUUCGAUAUGACCUAUUUAAUUAGGAGGGUUUUAGUUCUAGUUUCUAAUACUUGACUCUUCCCCAAACAGACUUUGUGUAAAGUGCUUUGCUUCUAA